UUUGGUUGUUUGUAUUUCAUUACCUAUUCAUUUUAUUGGAGUAUUACCGCAACUUUCAGUCUUAAAACAAUAAAAAUGCCUUUGCCACCUGCAUUGGCCGCCAGACUGGCCAAGAGAGGUCUUUUAAAAUCUGGUUCAGCCACCGAACCGUCUUCUGGAAAUGGUCAACCUGUGCCUCAAGUCAAUGAAGAAAUUAUCGCCGAAGACUACGAUAAUAAACCCGAUGAGAAUAAGAAUAGUGACCAAUAUUGGGAAGGUAUCGAGGGUAUCAAUGUAGACCCUAUCAAAGGCCACAAAGGCUGCCCAAACAAAAGUAAUAUUUACCAUGAAUGUUCGGAAUUCUGUGUCAAAACAUGGAAGCAAGGCAAAGUAGUUCCUGAUGAAAUCUACUUGGAGAAUAAGAGAAAAGUACUUGAGCUAUGGCCGCUGCCCGCUGGUUGGGAGGAAGUAUGGGAUGAAGGUUGUGGGCAGCAUUAUUUCUGGAAUGUUCACAAUAAUCUUGUGUCAUGGCUUCCCCCAAGCCAUUACGACGCGGUGCCGACAGAGAGUGCAGCUCACCUGCGCGAGGAGCGUCUGCUGAAGGAGGGCGACGACAGCAGUGAGGGGUCUGACAAUGAAGCCCCACCCCCAGAGAUCAAGAACCAGGAGAUACAGAAAGAGAAAAGACGCAACCGCUAUGAGCGAGAGAAAGAGUUGGUGCAUCACAGAGACAAGAAGAAGGGAAGAGUGAAGGACAAUGACUUGGACCCCAUGGAUCCUGCAUCUUACUCUGAUAUUCCUAGAGGCAAGUGGACAUCAGGCUUGGACUCCCAUGCUAAGACGGGAGUAGACACCACUGCUUCAGGGUCUCUGUAUCAGAUGAGGCCCUACCCAGCCCCGGGAGCUAUUCUUGCAGCUAACAGGGCUAACUCUCCACCACCUAAUCGUUAAUUCUAGUUUAUUUAGUAAACUCAUUUGUAUAAUAAUUAAUUAAAUAUGUUUUUCAUGUGA